AUGUUUCGAUUACAGAAUGGACUUUCAAAAUUUUCGUUACGGAACGGAAUGAAUCAUGAAAAACUCUUUUGCUACAAUGCGAAUUCAUUCAUAGCAAGGAGCUUUUCGAAUCAAGUGAACCGAAUUUCACACGAAAACAACAAAAUAUUUAUUGAAAAUCCUUCAAACACCCCUGAAUCCUUUUCCAACAAAACAACGUGUGAAUUACAAUCAGUCAUUCAUUUCACACAAUCAGUUCCAGAUAUUGAGAUUUAUGAAAAUUCAAAAAGAUGUCGAAUUUACAGCAUUCAGCCCUUAUCGACCAAUCCAAAUUUGGAAAAUCAAUAUUUGCACUUUUCCAUUAAGGUGCUUCCAAACUAUGGAGUGAUGAUGGAUGGAAUUAUUUCAUCAAGUGCUACAGAACAUUCAUUGCCUUAUUUGAAUUUUGAUGGAGAAGGAAUUCGAUUUCAGCCUUUUUACUUGUCAAAUGCCAACGAAAAAAACAAACGAUUGGAAGGAAAAGGUCUCUUUGAGAGAGGUUUACAUUUUGCCGGAUAUGUAACUCCAACCAACGUGCGUUGCGUUUGUGUUUGCGAUCAGUGCCAGCUCAGUUUUUCUCUUUCUCAUUAUCAUACUGGUUUUGCCAAUCUUGAUUAUUUUUAUUCGAAUGAUGGAAAAACGACAUUGUUCGUUGAUAAAGGCCAAUUAGGUAGGUCUCAUGAGGAGAUGGAUCACAUGUUGCAGAUCUCUGGUUAUGGAGAGUACAAAUACUACAAUCCAUUAAGAUGUCCACAUUGCAGUGUUCCAUUUAUUGAUUUUGAAAAAUUCAAACAUCUCAAGGAACAAGAAUAUUAUGGAAAUUAUCAUUUAAAUACGAAUGCUAAAUUCUUUAAAAAUUUUUGA